CCGUUCAUUUGAGUUUCGCGGUUCGACGUGCUAGCCCACUUUUGGUCUUUCGGCUCUGGAGAAAACUAUUCGUAUCUGGUGAAAAUCCAUUUUGAUCCCCAGCAACUCAGUUCAGUUUCGCUUCCCAAGUCCAACAAUAAAAGUGCGCUGUAGUCGCUGUCAAAACGAUUGCAUUCAAGAGAUAUAAACUUUAUUAUUAUUAUUACUGCAAAUUGCAUUUUCAUGAGCUAACUGUCUCGCAUCGCGUGUGAAAAGUUGCAAACAAUAACAAAACAAUUGCCAACGGUUAAUGCAAAUAUCCAGACAAUUUAAAACAAAAGUAAUUUGAUUUUCUGGCUUACGCAAGGCCAACUACAAUUACCAACUGCAGCAACAGCAACAAAUCAAAUUAAACAACACACAGAAAUCCCAAUUUGGAUUUAUUAAUAGCGCUGAAAAAAUACAAAAAAAAGACAACAACUGUUUUGCCGUAAAUAACACAACAAAUUGCCAUCAACAGCCAAUAUGUCGAUCGCCAGUGUUCACGGUCCCCAAAUCGCCGACAUCUGCAGUCCCUUGUCGCAUCAUAAUCUGGGUCUGUCCGCCUCGCUGCCAGAUCUGGUGGGAAGUCCCCUGGAGAUCAGCAUGGACAAUGUGCUGACCAUCGAGGAGCUGCGCCAGCACAUGGGCUCCUGCUUCACCUGCGGCGUCUCCUGGACGGAUGACCAUGUGUCCCUCGACUGCAGCGAAUGCGGUGGCUACAGCCUGGAGCGUCCAUGCCCCCUCUGCGAUGGCCAGUGCGGUGUCCAAUGGAAACGUGACUUUGCCAUGUCGCAUGCCUGCAGUCAAGCUCGCUGGGUGGGCGUGUGCAUCAGCUAUCCGGAAGUGGUGGCCGGAGUCCAGUUGCCCGUUGGAGCUGGAGCUGCCACCUCGUGUGCCGCCGCCGCUGCGAAUCAACUGCGUUUGGCCCAGGAGCUGUGCUCCCGCCUGGAACAGCUGUCCACGUCGACGGCGAGCAAAAGCGGUCGCCACUAGAGUUCCUUUCCGACAGCCAGACUGCAAAAACACACACACGCCUCCACAUCGGCCACACCUCCAACUCCACAUCCACCAAAACCAUUCAUCCGGAUAGCAGAUAGCAAAUAGCUGGAGAACAGCUCCACCUCCACACGAAAAACACACAGUCUGUCACCCGUAAUUUAGGGCCUAAUUGCUAAGCUUUUUAGUUGUUAGUUUUUAUUGUGUUGUGCAGCGUUUGUAUCUCUUUAUAUUUUUUAUUUUUGCACAAUUUACUCUUUUGUUCGUUCGUUCGUGUGGGAAAUGCAAAUUGUUUAGCAGUUAAGUUAGUUCCUUUUGUCUACUUUUUAAACGGCACCAUAUUUGUUUGCACACACACACACACACACUCACCUGACCUAUUCUAUCCAGGAAAAGACUUCUUUCUGCUUAGACUUAAGCCGAGUUUAGGCAUUGCAGUGAUAAAGGUGAUAUUAGCCAGAAAGAAUCGUGAACAAAAAUAGUGAAUUUAUAAUGAUGUAGCAAAAUGUAGCUGACGUCUAACACACACACACACACACUAAACCACCCGUGUAAUCGUGUAGAGAUUGUUGUUAACAAUUUAGUUAGUUAGUUGUUGUUGCUUUUUUGCCUUGUGUCAAAGCUUGUUCGAAGCGAGGAGAUCCGCGAGCACAGAUCAAAGUUAACUUUGAUGGUGCAAACGGAUGGCGCAACAAAGAAUCUUCCAUAUUGCAUAAAUGCUCAACAAAGUAACUAUCGAUUUGGAUUGAAACAGUCAAUACAGUCUCUUCAAAGGGGGAAAGCGAAAGCGCGUCGUUGCAAAAUUAAAGAUG